AUGCCAGGGUCGUCGGCGUACGCGGUGCCGUUCCUGCCGGGCGAGCAGCCUGAGCAGGAGCGGCGCUUUGAUAUCGAGGCAGGAUACAUACCAGCGCGUGCGCCAGAGAAGGGACAGACGGCGCCUAAGGACGAGGCGCACCUGUACUUUAUGUUGCAUCGCGCCAUGCAUCCACAGCAGCCGCGGCGCAAGCUCGUGUUUUGGCUGAAUGGCGGGCCGGGGUGCUCGAGUUUUGACGGUGCGCUCAUGGAGCUGGGGGCGCUGCGGAUUCAGGAGGAUGGUCGUCUCGCGCUCGCGCGGCCGGGCUACGCGUGGAACGAGUAUGCCGACGUGGUGUACGUCGACCAGCCGGUCGGGACGGGGUUCUCGUACGUCGCGAACGAGGCGUAUGCGACGUCGCUGACGCAGGUCGCCGACGAGUUUGUGUACUUUCUGGAGCAGUUCAUGCAAGUGUAUCCAGCCUAUACCAACGACACGGACGUCUAUCUCGCUGGCGAGAGCUUUGCCGGGCAGUACAUUCCGUACAUGACAGAUGCGCUCUUGCGCCACCCCACUCCGCCCGUGCGGCUGAGUGGCUUGUUGAUCGGGAACGGGGAUCUGAAUCCAGCGUACCAGAGUGGCUCGCAGGUCGAGACGCUCGUGCAUGCAGGGAUCUGGCCGAAGCAUGGACCGUCGCAUCAGCACGUGCAGCCGUACAUCGAUGCGUGCCGCGCGGCGAUCGCCAAAGACACCGUGCCGCGUGCAGAGUACCACGAGUGCAACGCGAUCGAUAGCGACAUUGUGGAACUCACGCGGCAAAAGGUCAGUGGCGUCGAGCACUGCAUCAACGUGUACGACAUGCGGUACACGGACACUGUGCCGCAAUGUGGCAUGAACUGGCCGCCCGAAGUGGGCGCGAUGCAUGCGUACCUCCGGCGUGAGGACGUGAAGGCAGCGCUGCAUGUGAACACGCAUAUGCAUCCCGAGGCAUGGGUCGAGUGCCGCCCGAACGUCGGCUCGGUGCUCCGCCACGACAGCUUCAAGGCGCCUGCGAGCGGCACGCUGCUCCCUUCGAUUUUGCAGCGCGGCGUGCCUGUGCUCCUGUACGCUGGCGACCAGGACUUGGUGUGUCCCGCGCUGGGGAUCCAGCACCUCGUCGACCAGAUGGAGUGGCUCGGACAGCGGGGCAUGGGACGCGCCAAGCGCGCGGCAUGGACCGUGAAUCACGCGCCGAUCGGCACAUGGCAGACGGCGCGCAACCUGACGAUGGCGACCCUCAUGAACGCAUCGCACAUGGCGCCGUACGAUGCGCCGUACGCCGCGCACGACAUGCUCCUGCGCUUCAUGGACGUGCAGAUCCCGCUGCCCUCGCCCGCCUCUCCGUCGGUGUCGAGCCAGGUGGACGGGAAGGACACGCGCAUCCUUGUGCCGAUGAUGCCGCACGACUUUGCCGCGCCGCCCAAGGCAGCCUCCGCCACGUCCGCCGACCUGGCCGGCAGCCUGGUCGCCUGGGUCCUCAUUGGCAUGGCCCUCGCGCUGUGCCUCUACAUGCGCCGCCGCCUCGGACGCCAGCGCCGCGAGACGCCGACGUGGUCGUACGAGGCCGUGGCGCAGCCUGAGCAGGAGCGCGAUGUCGAAAUGGACGCAUUUACGUUGGGCGACGAGGACGAUACGUAG